CGACCGGGCUCGGUGAACAGUAUGAACGACUCGUUCUCGUUCAUGGGCGUGAUGUACCUGGACGUCUUCUUUAUGGCGAUCAUUUUCUACUCAAGUGCCAUCCCGAACAUGGUCAGCCAGCGCGACUCAUACUACCGCGAGAAGGCGUCCCGCAUGUACCAGUCGGCCCCGUACGCGCUGACGUUUGGGAUUUCUGAAUUCCCAUACCUCGUAGCGUACACCCUGUUACACUGCGGCAUCCUCUGGGGCCUUGUGGACUUCUUCCCGCAGGACGGUUACGGUUUCUGGUACUACGCGUGCUACUUCUUCCUGUUCAUAUCCCUCCUCACAUACAUGGCGCAAUUCCUCGCGGCAGCGAUGCCGAACCAGCAGGUGGCGUCGUCGCUCGGCAUGGCCUACCUGAGCAUGACAGCGAACGUCUCGGGAUUCGCCAUCAGACCGCAAGACAUCCCGGGCGGCUGGAUGUUCAUGUCUGUGUGGAAAUCAACCAGUGUGUCGGGUGCACCCGACAAUUCUUCACUAAGUCACCUCGCGGCGAUGGCGCGGCUGUCCUGGCUCGGUCGAGCGGCGAGGAACCGGCAUCGCCACGCCAUCGAGCAGGCGUCGCGUCGAUGGCGUGGAGGACGACGCGGCGAUUCAGCACGAACGCGCCGUAAAAUUUUGAUUUCCACACAGGUUCAUGUACUGGCUUGCGCCUAUUCAUUAUGUCCUCGAGGGAUUGGUAGUGACGCAGUUCCACGGCGCAAAAACGAAGGUGAAAGGCGCCCCGGGGUUUCCGCCGGGCAACGAGCCGACGCUGAGCCGCUUCUACACGUCGCACUGGGACGAUUCCUUCUUCGGCGGCAAGUUCGUCUGGUCGCACCGGUUCCAGAACAUGAUCAUCUUGGUCCGUUUCUGUGUGGAAAUCAACAGUAAGCUAGGUCAUGUCAACCUAAACGCCAUCGAGCAGACCAGGAAUGGAGGCAACCUCGCGUCGAUGGCGUGUGGCGUCCGAAAUUCGAUGUCCACACAGGUUGCGUUCAUCCUGUUCUUCCGGUUCGCCACGUUCUACGCGCUCGAGCGCAUCAACUACUCGACGCGCUAG